AGCCACAGCCGCAGUCGAGUGAAACGCGUUGCCCGGUGCCGUCUCCUCGAACUUUCUUUUCCGUUUUCCGGUGACUCAUCUCCCGUCUCGCGGACCGGGAUUCGAACACGGAUUUCAGUGUUUACGCUGGCCCGGCCCGCGCCCGUUGCGUUGCGGUGCGGUGAGUGAAGUGUUUUUUCCGCCCGCGGUCCGACCCGACCGUCUUAUCGAAACGUCGUCCGUCGUCGCAGGCAAUGUGCGAAUGUUCCCAGAGCACCAAUGCAAUUGUGAUUCUUUUUUUCUCUCAGUUCAGAUCGUGAACGUUCGUCUGUGAUAACCAACCUGACUGCCAAUGUUAUGCUCUUAGCGAGGCAAAAAUAACUUGCCGGGAUAUUUUAGCUUUUUUGAAUCAACUUCGAACGAUUUUAAUCGCGUAUUUUUGACGGCAGUUGGAUGUCAGUACACAAUUUGGUGUUCUAAAAGGACUGGCAGUGAACUUUACAAGAUAAUUAAAGUUGACCUUCAUUUCUUCGUUGGAAUUCCAUAAUUUUCCCGUCGGCUUGAUCUUUUUGGAAUUCCAUAAUUUUCCCGUCGGCUUGAUUUUUCGCCGCCGAAGUGUUUUUUUCCUGUUUUGUGUUUCUCGUCGUUUUUAAAUGUGACGAAUCAUCACAUGCGUCGCGUUAAGUUAAGCGAAAUUUUUACUCAAGUGUCAUUUUUAGGAUUUUUUAAUUAAUCCCAUUUCUAGUCAUUUUUGCUUACAUAUAGCUCUGUUCCCUUGAGCGUUCGUUCAUUUGUCUAUUCAGUGUUUUUUCGUCAAACAUUUCCGUGUCUCGAAAUUCGUCAAAAUGUUUUGAAAAAUUAUACUAACUGUGGGCCGAUAUAAUUUUCGCUUGUGAAUGUGGAAUUCACCAGUUAAAAAAUAAACUUGAGAUCUGAAUCACUUUUAAAAAUAUUUCCAUUCAAGGACUGAUGCUUUACUUUUUCCGACACCCAAUCGGAACCAGUGAAACUAGCGAUAAAACUUUAAACCCGGUAAAUUAUGAUAAAAUCUCCAGCAUCAAUUAAUGCUGAGUUUGACAAUGUGAAAUAUGUGCAGAUGAAAUCGGAGCAGCCGCGGUGAGGUGAGGGUGCAAUGUUGUUUAACAUUUAAAAACACAGGUGUUUCCACGCUCGGAGCGCGAGAAUUUAAACAGUUAAUGAGCUGGCUGUGCUGGAGUUAAAUAAAACGACGGAUUGGUUUCAUUGAAUGAACUGUUGAAAUAAUUCCUGCUGCUUUGGAUUUUUCUUAUUGCUCUUGCGGGCUCGUUUCGAUACAGCGGAGUUCCAGCACAAAAACCGCGAGAUCCCGAAAUCGGGACGAAAUAAUUGAAUAAUCCACCUUAAUGAAAUAUCGUGUUGACGUACAACGGUUGAACGGCUACUUGUUCCGAUUUUAACAAAAGCUCCCGUCACGUGCUUGAAAAUUGUCAAUUUUUCACGGUGAAAAUAUUGUAUCUUCAAGUGUCUUUUCCUCCCAUCGAAUGACUGAACUUAGAUUUCUGUGAAUCUACACGUUGGUGUUUCUCAGCUAACAUUUUUCGCGAAUCUCGUUUUAAAAAGUGUUCCUCGUCAAAAUCAUUUUUUGAUUUUAUCAUUCAUCAUUUUUAGCCGUAUUUUUUUGCCUAUUAUCAUUGUUUUGGAGUUGUAUUCAGUUCAAGGAUUAACCGUCCAAAAAUAAUAUAUUCUGUCCAUUUUGUGCGUGUUUAACUUUCAACGGCUGUCUUUCUCCAGUCAACUUGUUUUCUAUAGCCUUAUUUUUCCACCCUCUGUCGUUGUUCUGGAGUUAUUUAAAGUUCAGCGAGUAACUAUACAAAAAUACAUUGUUCCAUCGUCCAUUUUGUGUGUGUUUAACUAUCAAUGGCCAACUCCUUCGGUAGUCUUUCAGCUGUGCGCGUUUGUGAAAAGUCAAUUUUUCGAAAAAUCAAAAUAUAAAAUGUGAAAUAAUCCCCGCUCGCAAAGUGCCUUUUCUCGUUUAACGUAUACAUUCCAAAUUUCUGGUGAAAAUGUUGCCAUUUCUACGGACAGCGAAGCGUAAUGUUUAAAAGCGGCGAGAACAUGUCCUUGCGGCGGACCUCGAGCGCAAACGUGGCCGCCGUCACCUUCUCCCCGGUGGAAAAAUCCCCGAAGUUCAAAACGGCCACCCCCUCGCUGCUAGGCCGCUGGCGGAGCUUCCGGGGCAAAUCCUCGGGCCCUCCGAGCAUGAACAACCACAACGGCACCACCUCCGUCACCCUCGAGGACGUCUACAUGGACAGCUUCGACGAGAGCUUCGCCGACGAGCUCAGCGUCAAAGUCUGCAAGGACUCGAUCCGAAUGAGCCUCAUCGAGAACAUGAAGAUGCUCGGCAGCAACGCCAACUCCCUGAUCGACAUCGAGAACGGGAAAACGACGAGCGACCAAGUUGGCACCAAGUACCGAGCCUUCAGCUCCAAAGAGAAGAACAUCGUGUUCCUCUGGUCGGCCUUCGUCAAGCGGGACGACCUCCUGGAACCGCUCUACGAGGUCGGCGCCAGCCUCGUGGCCACCCUCCCCAACGAGGGGUUCACCGCCCUCCAUCUAGCCGCCUUCAGCGGUUGCGUCAAGUCGUGUAAGUGGCUCUUAGUGAACGGCCUGGAAGUGAACCUCGUCGUGGACAACCUAUCUCCACUCCACUGCGCAGUUUUGGGAAAUUCCCUCGAUUGCGUCAAGCUCCUGCUCCGGCACGGAGCCAAGAUAGGCAGCACGGUGCUCCAUUGCGGAGUCCAGGCCAAUGCGCUCGACUGUCUGAAGCACCUGCUCACAGAGAGCGCGGACUUCAACGCUGUCGACGAGAACGGGCUAACAGCGCUCCACGUGGCUGCGGAUAGAGGUAUGGCCAAGUGUCUUCAGACCAUCCUAGCGCACUGCCCCAAGGUGGACCUGAACAUCCAGACGAGAGGGCGCAGAUCGACGCCACUCCACCUGGCCUCCGAGAACGGGUACUUCGAGUGCGUGCAGUACCUCAUCAACGCCGGGGCUGAUGUCCACGCGGUGAACUACAAGGAGCAGACAGCGCUCCAUCUGGCGGCCAAGGCUCAAAGUACCGAGUGCAUGGAGGUCCUGCUUGCCGCGGGGUGUCCGAUCAACGGGCAGGAUAUGGAUAGCCGCACGCCGCUCCACGCCACCCUCGCCAAGACCCUGCUGGCGUUCAACGCCCUGGAGGUGUUGCUCAGGCGCGGCGCCGACGUGAACCUGAGCGACAAGUACGGGUACACACCGCUCCACAUCGCGGCGUUGAACGAGCUGUCGCAGUGCGUGGAUUGCCUCAUCAUGAGCGGCGCCGACGUAACAGCCCGCACGUCCGGUGGACUCUCCGCGCUGAGCAUCAUCGGUAGGAAGACCCCCGGCUCCAUCAACACCAUUUGCCAGAAGCUGGACCUCUCCAUAUCCAUGAACGACCACGAGACGUCGUCGAAGGAGGUGGAGCUGAAGCUGGACUUCCGCUACCUCCUGCAGAAUUCCUCGGCCGGGGAGGUGGGCUUCCUGAAGACGUUGGAGGCCGAAGGCCAGAAGCACCUGAUUGAACAUCCACUAUGCGAGGCCUUCCUCCACCUCAAGUGGCAGAAGAUCCGCAAGUUCUACUUCCUCCGGCUCUUCUUCUGCUUCGUCUUCGUCAUCCUGCUCACGGUGUACGUCAUCGCGGCGCUGGCCCACGAGUGCUACAACGCGGCCAAGAACGUGACGCAGAACGCCCGGACCAUGUGUCUCAACAACUCGGCGAUAGGCGGGUUUCUCAUGGCCCGGCCGGCGUUCAUCGAGUCCAUCUGGCACCUCCUAGUGCUCAUCACCAUCUUCGAGAGCGCCAGGAAGGUGAUGGGCAUCCCGGGCCAUCGCUCCAUGAAGCACUACUUCCUGCAGCUCAUGAACGUCUUCGAAUGGUUCGUCAUCGUCAGCGUCUUUCUCGUGUCCUACGUCUGGCAGGGGCAAACGUUCGACUGGCAGAAGCACAUCGGGGCGCUGGCCGUGCUCCUGGCAUGGACCGACUUCAUGAUCAUGGUCGGGCAGCUCCCCAUCUUCGGGACCUACGUCGCCAUGUUCACCAAGGUCCAGGCGGAGUUCUUCAAGCUCCUCUUCGCCUACUCGUGCCUCCUCAUCGGGUUCACGGUCAGCUUCUGCGUCGUGUUCCCCUCGUCCGACGUCUUCCGCAACCCCAUCAUCGGCUUCAUCAAAGUCCUCGUCAUGAUGACCGGCGAGGUGGACUUCGACAUGCUCGGGUCCGGGCCUGGCGCCGGGCCGGAAGCCUCCUUGCUCCUCGAUUUCUCGGCGCAUAUCACCUUCGUCCUCUUCCUCCUCUUCGUGACGGUCGUGCUCAUGAACUUGCUCGUCGGUAUCGCCGUCCACGACAUCCAAGGGCUCCACAAGACCGCCGGCCUCUCCAAGCUCGUACGCCAAACGGAACUCAUCUAUUUCCUCGAGCUGGCCAUCUGCAGAGGCUACGUGCCGAGGAACGUGGUUCGGCUCUUGCGACAGUUGGCGCUCGUGUCGCCACAGGCCUACAGGGUGGUUCUGCAUGUGAAACCGCUGAACCCGCGCGAAAAGCGGCUCCCGAAGGAGGUGCUCAUGGCGGCGUUCAACCUGGCUAAGCAAAAGAAGACUUGGUCGAACUCAUCUUGUUCCUGGUCGGCGACGCUCCGCAACACGUCCGACCCUUGUUGUCGCGACGAAAAGAACCUCUUCGAGGAGGUACGGCAGCUUAAAGAGAUGGUGCAUAUCCAGAACGCACUCAUCUCCAAGUUAGUCAACCAGAGCUGCAGUAGCCUGUCUAAAGACAAUGGCUCCAUCACUUCUUGACAGUGUCUUCUCGUCCCGCCGUUUGGGAUGGUCUUCAGCUGUUCCUACGUUAUGAGUUGAUGUCUUGUUCCCAUUGCUGAUGUCGGGAAUGCUGAAUAAAGUAGACAUCGAAGCCGAGGUGUGGGGAAGCGUAGGCCAGUCGAAGCAAGCCAUAGCUGUGCGCUACGGAAUCGCCCGGGGUCUCUUCCAUUUC